AUGUAUGUCGUCAUCAAUGUCCACGUCAGUACAGUGCACCGACCACUUUCGUGUUUCGGGCCGACGCAUGAGAUCACGAUUAAGGCAAACAAAGCUUCUCCUUCUCCAGCUGUGGCUCCCACCAAAGAAGAGGAGCCAUCUCCUCCCGCUUCUCCUCAUUACGGGAACGUCUCGGGAGCACACGGAAAUAGUGUGCUACCUGGAGAGACACGACAGACAUGA